AUGGUUGAUAUUAUCGGUUUCUUAUGCAAGGAAGAAAACUUGUCGAAUCCUGGAACUGCUCUUCAAGCUCCGGCUUCCGUUUUCAUUCGUAAAGGAGACGUUGUCCGCCAUGUAGAACCUAACGCGAGUUUGGUGGAAGCUAUAGAUUUGAUUCAGGAAGGAGCACAAAAUCUGGUAAUACCAUUGGAGAACGGAUGCAGGAAUUCAAGGAGAAAGCUUCUUCAAAACGCUUUGUCGAAUUCAACCUUCCAUAAUAACCGGCAAUAUUGUUGGCUAACUCAAGAAGAUAUAGUUCGUUACCUUGUGAAUUCAAUUGCUCUUUUUAGCCAAACUGCUGUCAAUCCAAUCAACUCCCUUGACAUAAUUGAUGCUCAGAAUAUCACGACCGUUCAUUAUGAUGACCCGGCUUCAUUGGCCUUGCCCUCCAUUUCCCGGUCCCUUGAAAUACAAAAUUCCGUUGCAGUCGUAGACGGUGAUGGCAAGUUGGUCGGAGAAAUUUCGCCCUUCACUUUGAAUUAUUGUGAUGAGGAUGUUGUGGCUGCCAUUGCGACACUCUCAGCUGGUGAUUUGAUGGCUUACAUUGAUUGCGGUGGACCACCGGAGGAUUUGAUUCAGUUGGUGAAAGAGAGGUUGCAAGAAAGGAAUCUAGUGAAAGCCCUGGAAUUGAUGGAAGAAGAUUCAGGGAUUUCCUCUGGAAUCUCAUUGGUUUCAUCGUUGUGUUCCUCGUCCUCAGAGGAUGAGGGGUUCGGGUUUGGGAGGCGCAAUGGGAGGUUGGGAGGGUAUUCAGCAAAAGUGGUGAGGACAUCAGAGGCCAUUGUAUGUCAUCCAUGGAGCUCGUUGGUGGCAGUUAUGAUUCAAGCACUCUCACACCGUGUAGGUCACGUCUGGGUUGUCGAAGAAUAUCAAACUUUAGUCGGGAUUGUUACCUUUGCUGGGAUGCUAGAAGUUUUCCGGGAAGAUUGAGGACCAUGGCUUAGGCUAUCAUUGAAGAAAUCCGAACAUAAACACCAAAAAGAAAAAGAAAUCCACAAUAAAAAAAAAACUUGAUUUGGUGAUUAUAAUUCGGAUGUAUUGAUUCAGGGAGACCCAGAAAUGAAAAUCAACCUGAAAGAAAUCAAUAGGAAUCGUUUUUGAGUUUUC